AUGUUUCAAAGAGUGAUCAGCACACCAUACGACCUUAUCAUUCUGGACGAAAUGUUCGCAAGUGCACAAGCUGCGAUGGCACUGGCCAUCCAAAAAAAGUUCAACAGUAAACUCGCUCUUUUUGCCACAACUGAGUCUAACGAGCUUCCAUCCGAUUUGCUGCAAUUUGUCGAAGACCCGAAUUCUAAAGGGACCAUUUAUGUUGCUUUUGGAUCGAUAGUCACUUGGACUGUAGCACCACCAGAAGUUAUUGAAAUCUUUUUCGACGUUUUCAACUCGUUAGCCGACUACAGAAUCAUAUUCAGCUAUAAUGGAGCAGCGGCGGACCCAUUGGCUGCUGGAUUAUGCCUGCGGUGGUUGUCAACGCAACAGCACCUUGUGUUCGCACCACGGUUUUGA